AUGACGAUCACCGCGGCGCCGACGGUGAAGGACAGGUGCCUUGAGGUGAGGGGCAAGGUGAUUUUGACCCAUGUCACCGGAAACAUUGUUGUUUCUCCGGUGGUUGGAACAGAGUCUGCUUUCUUGGGUGCAACUUCAACCGUUUCAAGUUCACGUCAUGUUUUUGAUCUUGGAAUACUCCAAUGUUCCAAUGGAAACUCAAUUGCUGCUCCUGAAGAAAGAGAAGAGUCUGCGCUUGAGGAUGAGUUUUCUUCUGACUCUGAAGAGCCAACUACAGAGAACACUUGCUACAUUCUCCUUUUGCCUGUUUUGGAUGGACAGUUUCGCACAACUUUGCAGGGAACUCAAUCAAAUGAGCUCCAGCUCUGCAUUGAAAGAGAUGCUUAUGUUCAAGCUUCCCAAUCACUAGAAGCAGCAUUUGUGAAUUCAGGGGACAAUCCAUUUGAGUUGAUCGGGGACUCUAUCAAAAUAUUGGAGAAACACAAAGGGACUUUCUGUCAUCUUGAAAACAAGAGGAUUCCUGCACAUCUUGACUGGUUUGGAUGGAGCACUUGGGAUGCUUUUUACACUGAAGUGAGUCCACAAGGAAUAAAAGAGGGCCUUCAGAGUUUCUUAAAUGAAGGUUGUUCGCCAAAGUUCAUCAUCAUUGAUGAUGGAUGGCAAGAGACCCUCAACACGUUUCGCAAAGAAGGUGAAUCAGUGAUUGAGGGAACCCAGUUUGCAACCAGACUGAUAGACAUUAAAGAAAACAAAAAGUUCACCAAUGCAGGCUCCGAAAAUUCUUGUAACAAUCUCCACGAUUUUGUUGAUUCCAUCAAACAGAAUAUGAAUGUAAAAUACGUUUACAUGUGGCAUACUUUAACUGGUUACUGGGGAGGUGUACUCCCAUCAUCAGAUGCAUUGAAAAAAUAUAAUCCAAAGAUUUUAUAUCCAAUUCAGUCACCUGGAACCACAGGGAACCUUAGAGAUGUAGCCAUGGACAGCUUGGAAAAAUAUGGAGUGGGAAUCAUUGACCCAGAAAAACUAUAUGACUUUUACAAUGAUUCCCACAGUUACCUUGCAAGCUGUGGUGUAGAUGGAGUCAAAGUAGAUGUCCAAAUUUGAUAGAAACGUUGGGUUCUGAGUACGG